GUUAGGAUUACACGAUGGACAAACGAUUGUAGUCCACGCCAUGGAUCCAUGCUAUGGACUAAUGAGAUGGCCCGCUGUCGUUAGCGGAUAUCUGCCUGACGUUCUCACGUAUUAUUAUUAUAUUAUUAUAUAAGACGACGGUGAUACAACGUUGGUGAUGCAGUGUUUCCGUGUUGCAUAUUACUUCCAUCUUAUUUCCAGACUCGUCCGUCCACUUAUAAUUACUCUGUCUCAAAACCCCCCACAUAAAACCAUAUCAUGUCCUCAUCAACUACCCAAUCCGGCUCAGUCCUACUGCUCGGCGGCACAGGAAAAGUUGGGAGCCGCAUCGCGCCGCUGCUCCACGCCGCCGGGGUCCCGUUCCUGGUCGCAUCGCGAUCCGGGAGUGCCCCCGACGGCUACACGGGCGUCAAGUUCGACUGGGAAGACGAAUCGACUUGGGAGCCCAUCUUCUCGACUCCCAUCUCGGCCGUCCACCUCGUUGCGCCUCGCGCAGAAGCCCAGGAUGCCAUGAAGAAAUUCGUGGACCUCGCACUCUCCAAGGGCGUCCCGCGCUUCAUACUGCUGAGCGCCAGUAUAGUCGCCGAGGGAGGACCGCUAGUAGGCAAGGUACACACGUAUCUGCGGGAGCUUGGCGAGGCGGGCAAGAUCGGGUGGGGUGUGCUGCGUCCGACUUGGUUUCAAGAAAACUUCCUAUCAGAGCACCACCUCUCAGCCCUCAAGAAGGAGAACAAGAUAUACUCCUCCACCGGAUCCGGCCGCAUCCCCUGGAUCUCAGCCGGCGACAUCGCCGCCGUCAGCUUCCAUUUCCUCACGGCCCCCCAAGCCCCUAACACCGACCACCUGAUCCUCGGCCCAGAACUUCUCACAUACGCCGACCUAGCAGAAAUCUUCUCCUCGGUCCUCAACCGCAAAAUCACCCACGUCGACCUCACCGAGCCCGAGCUCACCUCGCGCUGGGCCAGCGUAGGCCUACCGGCCGAAUACGCCGCGGUCCUAGCGUCGAUGGACACGGCGGUCCGGCACGGGUCCGAGGAGCUCACCAGCGACGCCGUGCGCGCGACCACGGGCCGGGAUCCCCGUGCGUUUAGGGACUUUGUCGAGGAGAACAAGGGGACCUGGGCGCAGAGUUAGAAGUUGGGGAGUUGAGAGUUAGUGUUGCGAAUAGGUAACUAACUGCAGGGCUAUCAACCAGUCUUGCACGGUUGUCGAAUUAGGUCUACCUCGGGGGCUGGUUAGAACGUACUUUUUUUUUGUUUAGCUUAAUCAAAUUCAUAC